AUGUCUUCCGUCGAUGCACUUGCUGACUCCGUAGCUGCGACCACUAUGAACGACAAGCCCGGAAUCAACGGUGCCGAGACCGGCGCCGAGACCAACGGUGCUACCCCCUCCACCCAGGCUACUGAUGCCGCUGCUGCCAGUGCCGAUGAGGGUCGUCGUCUUUACAUCGGAAAUCUCGCCUACGCCACUACUGAGAAUGAGCUCAAGGAGUUCUUCAAGGACUACAAGAUCGAGAGUACCUCGAUCCCCGUGAACCCCCGCACCAACCGCCCCGUUGGAUAUGCCUUUGUGGACCUUUCUACAGCAGCUGAAGCUUCUGCUGCCAUCGGGGCCCUUUCCGGCAAGGAGAUCCUUCAGCGCAAGGUGUCCGUACAGCUUGCCCGCAAGCCCGAGCCCGCCGAGUCUAAGGAAGCCACUGCUAGCGGUGGUGAGGGUGCCGAUGGUCGCAAGCGUGCUGGUGGUCGUGGUCGUGGCCGUGGCCGCGCCCGCGGUCGCGGCGGUCGCACUGGCCAGAGCCGUGCUGUACGUGCUCGCACUCUUUCUUUGCUUCUAACUGCCCGCAUCGAUACUUUGGAAUGGUUGCUAACUUUGGAGAAGGCCCAGGAUGGCCAGGAAGCCACCGAAGCUGCUACUGGUGAAGCGCCUCUCGCCGAGACCACCAACGACAAGGAUACCACCCCUAAGACCGGUGAAACUCGCCCCCAGAAGCAACGUGGUCCUCCCGAGGACGGCAUUCCCUCCAAGACCAAGGUCAUGGUUGCUAACUUGCCGUACGACUUGACCGAGGAUAAACUCAAGGAGAUCUUCGCCGCCUACGAGCCCGUUUCCGCCAAGGUUGCCCUGCGUCCCAUUCCCCGAUUCAUGAUCAAGAAGCUGCAGGCCCGCAACGAGCGCCGCAAGACUCGUGGUUUCGGUUUCGUCAAUCUGGCCUCGGAGGAACUUCAGACUAAGGCCGUCAAUGAGAUGAACGGCAAGGAUAUCGAUGGUCGCGUCAUUGCUGUGAAGGUUGCCAUCGACAGCCCCGGAAAGGAGGACGAUGAUAUCAAUGCUGCUGCUGAAACCGAGGAGGCUGCUGCACCUGUUCCCGCUCAGGAGAACGUUGCACCUGUCCCUGCCCAGGAGAACGUUGCUCCUGCCACCACCACCGAGGCUUAA